GCAAAUAAUAUUUGAGAGCACAGGCAAAAACUUUAUUUAUAGCCCACAUACAAUCAUAUAGUACUUCUUCGAAUUGUUUACUGUUCUGCCAGUAAAUCCGAUGCCUCCUCGAUCGCCUUGCUUCAAUCAUUUAAAUGCUUGUUAGUGCGCCAAAUAUAUUUACGCUAUAAAAAUCCCAUAAAAGUGAAUUAAUGUCCGGCCUUAAAUCUUCACCUGGACAAAUACAGCAAUCAAAUUUAUUCUACAUAUAGACAUACAUAUGUAUGUAUGCAUAUACAUUCAUAGUUAAGUGAAUUAAUAGUUGAAUAUACCUACAGCACUGCUGUUGCUGUGCUAUUGCAGAAACGCAAACUGUGCAUAAAAAUUGUGAAAAAGCAAACAAGAGGAACGAGUUGUUCAUUCAUAACAAUUAAUAAAUUUAAUGGUGCGUAGCCAAAGUGAACACACCAUUUAGAAUAACGAAAUAACGAGUCGGUAUUCUCAACCUAAAUCAAACGACCCAGAAUCGUAUACUUUCAACAAUCAGUCCAACCCACAAAAUAUGCAACAAUGGAUUUGAUAAGAAAGUACAAACGGGGCAAGCUAGCAACUGCCGAUAUAAGGAAAUUAAACAAUACUGUAAUAUGCCUAAUGGUGCUGGUGGCGAUUUGCUCAAUCAUUUGGAGUAUUUCAUUGCACGUUUUAUCUGGAAAUUUCUCGGAUGGUCUAUUCAGUGCCAAACUCGAAUUCCGGGAACGAGACUUCUCGCAAAUGGAUAAUAGAAGUAGGGAAAUCUUCUACCACGACCUGGCCAGAGUAACAGAGGGAGUGUACGAUGUCGAUGUCCGGGGGGAGAAAACAGGCAAGCCCUUGGGUACGACAGGAGGAGAUGCAUCGCCAAGUGGGAAUGAUGAGCCGCAGCAGGGCGAGAGCCAAACCAAGAAGCCAAAGGUGUAUAAAAUCGAGCACGUAUAUGAGUCUAAGCAGAAUGCACCAAAGCUGGCGCUACUGCUGUCGCCCGAUAGGAAGAUGCCACCACCACCAACCACGACCACCGAUGCCCCGCCGAAAAUUGUGUUUAAUCCUGAGGCCGAUCGCCAAUUUUUGUCCAGCAUGUCCAUUGAUGAACGAGCUACGCACUGGAACUUUGGGGCAAGUGCACAGUUCGUUUAUGCAUUUCCUUUUAUAUCCGAAAUCACGGCCAUUAUAUGGACGGCCAUGUGCCUAGUCUUUCAAACAGGCACCAAGAAAACUUGGGGACUGCCAAAACCAUGGCGCAUUGUCGUGCCUUCUAUUGUAAUUUUCUCGAUUAUGAGCCUCGGUAGCCUGAUCUACAUUAUACUCACCAACAGAUAUCUGAAGCAUCUGUGCGGAGACUUGCUCUCGAAUUUAAGCAAUCCUUCGGCCCUGAGCUGCGGAGAUGCCUUUGCUUUACUGCGUCCUUUUAUUCGGGAGCAUCGCCUCUCCUACGAUGUGCACUUGGAACUUUUCCGCUGCAGCUACAUUCUGAGCAUGCUGUUGUGGGUAGUAGCGCUCCUGGUCAUGGUCCUGCGAUACGUGUUCGCCGUAGAUUUCCAACUUGUCGAUAUUGACGAUAUGUUUGGGUGCAGGCCAGAGAGCUGCCAGCCGAUACAGCCUGUGUGUACAUAUAAUCUGGUGUCGCAAAAUAGUCCGCAGCAUCAGGCCCAGACGAGGCCUAGGUCAGAAGAUGAUUUUCAAAGCGCCAAGUCACGCCUGAGUGAUGUGGUUACAGUCACGCCGCUGCUAGAAACAGUGUCACAGGCUCAUGUGCAGCAACAAGUCUACUUGCCGACUGUGACCAAGGCCUAGUUUUUUGAGGAAACGCGGAAGAAUCUCAGGUUUAUUUUAAUGAUUUUUCAUAAGCGAACAGAAAGCUCGGCAGGCCGCAGCUUAUACGCCCUCCACAUUUGAAUUUAAAAUGCGGAUGUACGAGUAUGUCGUGAGGCACUAUGUUUGUAAUGGAAUGCAAGUCUUUGGGACCUCAAGACCACUAAGAGAAAAUCCUUCAUGACAAAGUACAAUAAGUUGUACGGUCUUGUGUUCAGGACUUUCGAU